CACGUGGCUCUGCAGAGAGUAAAAUUUUUACCCAGUCUGCACCGCGCAUACACAUUUUAUUCUCAAGAUGGCGGAUAUGCUAUAUUUGUUGAAUGAUAUGGUCUACUAAUGAAGCCAAGGAUUAUAAAAUAAUGGUAUAAGAUUCCGAUGAUAUAUGUUUGUUUAUAUUCCCAUCAAGUUUUCUAAAUGUAAUGGCUAGAACUAAAAAAAAAGAAUUACAGAAAGUUAAAGAAGCUGAAGCCAAAUGUAAUCAUAGGCCUGAUGAUAGGCCUAGUUUAGAUUGUCUACCAAACAACAAUAACAUAGAACAAACGUGGAACAAACCAGAAUCAAGUGACAAUAUAUCAUUUAGUCAUGAUUUACCAUCCUGUAGCCAAACAUCAACCAAUUGUGGAGAUCAUGGAAAAGCAAGUACCGGUUGUGAUGAAGCUGUAAAAAUACACCCAGAAAUCAACCUUGCAUCGCUAACUUUACACACAAGCAGCAGUGAUACAGUUCCCAUUGUGGUGCUCGAUAGGGGUCAGUCUGAACAUAUGAAUACUGAAAGAUCUUCACCACCAAUACUUAGGAAAUCAAGUAGCAUGCCUACAUCUCCAAGUGCAAAACUGUCUCCUACAAAACUGAGUAAGCGAAAAAGUUUGUCUCCACGUCUGUCACCUCGAAGAAUUGCUCAAUCUCCCCAAAAUAGAAAAAGAAGUCCUAGAAAAAAUCCCAAAUCUCCCAAAAACAUAUUUGAAAAAUUUGAAUCUGAAACUGAUUCUCAGGCUGAGUCGGAUUCUGGAGUUCCAUCAGCAUCAUGUAGUCCUAAAGAUAAAUCUAAGAAAAGAAAUAGAAAUAUGGAGAUGUCAUUCGAUGUUUCUGCUCUUAGAAAAUUAACUGGAACAAAAUCUAAAAGUGACAGCAAAAAUGACGUUAGUCAAGUUGCCACUACCACUGGCGCAAAGUCUGAAAGAUCUCCAAAGUGCGCAGAAAAACAAAAGGUUUCUCCAAGGGCAAGCCCUAAAGCUAAGGAGGCUGAAAUUCCGAGCAAAAAGAGAAUUAGAUCACCAAAAUUGUUAACAGAUGAUAUGAUUUUGCUGCCAUUAGUUGAUCAUCGAAAAGCACGAACCUCAUCUAAAUCUGACAAGAUUAAAACACAAUCUAGUCCAGUUAUUGAAACAAUCGAGUCCCAAAUAACUUCAGCUGUCAGAAGCCUGGAUUUUACAGAGGACUCGCUACCUACCCCAAAAGAUGAUCAGAACAAAAAUGAAAACAAUAACUGUUCUAUGUCUGAAAUAUGUGUUAAAAGUGAUAUUCCUAUGGGAUCUUGUGAGAUAGAGGAAAAAGUAAGUCUGAGUGCUUCUGCCACUAAUUCAAGUAUGAAAAGGUUACUCGAUUCCGCUAAGCGUCGCAACAAGCAGAAGAAUCAUCAGCUUCUUCAACUGAUACAGCGUAUUAGCAAACAGCUGCAGUCUUCGUCACAGUUUACAAAUCUAGACAAAGACUCAAAAGGAAAUGAAAGUGAUAGCAGCAUCGAACUUACAUUGAAGGAAAUAGAAAAUGACGAAAGUAGUGAUGGAACAUUACCAGCAGUAGAUAGUCCUGAAGCAGACCUCGCUGCUGCUGCUGCUCCAUGUGAAAAAAAGGACAUUAAAUCAGAUUGUGUAAAUGUAGAUGAACCUAGUUCUUCUGCUCAACGAGCGCCCAUUAACUAUUUAUUGACAAAGUUCAUAGGUAAUUAUGUGAUUCCUAAACCAUGUGAUGAUAGCUUAUCUGUGAUUGGUCAGUCUUCAACAGUAUUACCCUGCAACAAACAACCAGAAACUCCCUCAAUUCAAGUUGACACUGAAAUAAACAAAGGCAUUGAAUCUACUUUUGUUCCUGUAGAGACACCAUGUUCGACUUCAGUGACUACUAUAGACUCUUGUGAUAAACUUGGUGGUAGUUCACGGGAUGCUGUAAACAAUAUCCUCAGAUCACUUAGCAUCCGAAAUACACCACCUUUAGACGCGGAUGAACCAAUUUUAAUUGACGAGAAAUGCAUCGAGGAGUCGUCUGAUCAGCCAAGCAGCAGCAAUAUAGACUUUAUAAAGAUAUACAAAGACAGUCCUAAAGGAAAGAGAUAUGGAACAACUUCGAAUAAUCAUGAAAAUGAACUUUCUCCAAGAUCAAAGAAGAUUCAAGAAACAAAGGAACCUUUACCCAUAUCUAUUCUGUCACGACACGAAAAGAAACAAUCUCCCACAAAAACAUCAGCAUUUUUCAGUAUUGAAUUGGAAGAUUUUUUGAGUGAUCAUAAGAAUAGGGUUAUUGGGAAGGAUAUGGAGUCGCUGGACAUCAGUUUAAGUACUACAGCAUCACCUGUUGAUAAAACAGAGCAGAAAAAUGACUACGAGUUGUAUGAACCAGAUUUUGAUGAAAUUGAUGGGGCUUUAUUUUUGUCUUUUGCUACUGAAGAAGCAUUACAGGCCCAUGUUAGUGUUGAAGCUAAAACUAAGUGGGAUAAGGACACCAAUACAUUCCUGGGUAUUUCUCGUAUUCUCGAGAUUCAGAAGAACGAACUGAAUGAAUCACAUGACUCGAUAGAAACAUCCACUCCUAAUUCAGCAGGCAAACUAAAAACAUUGAGAGGACAGCACAUGAGAUGGAGAAAAUAUCAACGCAUGUUACACAAAGAAUUGGAGGCCAUUUUUCACCCAGACAAAGAAGAGAAAUCACUCGCUUUCCCAGAAAAAACUAAAGAUAUAACUAAAAUAAAAGGCUGGAAGAAAAAGUAUAUGGAUCAGUCAAAUCCAGUUUAUGGUAGUAAAGGUAAGAAAAAGAAGAACCAGACGGCCACGUUAUCAGAUAAUUAUUUUCAAGAAUACAACAAUUACUGGUCGGAUAACGAGGAACCAAUCGUACUCAACUCUUCUGGUAGUGAGGUAGAAUACGAUGAAGAUGAUGAAGAUCUACCAAUGGUUGCUGAGUAUACGGAAGCGUUAGUUCCACCGUUACCUGAAAUACCCUUAAUGAGUCGACUAGCCAGAAAGAUAUUUGUUAAAAAGAUGGGCUAUAGUGAAGAAGAUGAAUUAAUAAUAUUAAAACUUGGAGGCCGACGUAUCAAUAGAAUAAUAGGUAAACUGGGUAAAGACGAUAGCAUGAUGGCCGCUGAAGACGAUGACGCUACAAAGGAAAAGGUAAAGAAGAAGCGUAUUCGUAGACGUCGACAAGAUUUAUCUCUAGCACUAUCUGAAAUCAUGGUAGCAGACGCACUAGAUGCUUUCCAACUACCUAACAACGACGAUCGUGAAGACACCUGUGAUGUAGAACUAUUAGACGAGGAUGAAGAAGAGGUAGUAGUAGUUGGAAUAGGUAAAGAUCGUACGAAGUCUGUAUCUAUAGACGAACAGGAAGUCGUUGAAGUACAAGUUAAACCGGUCGACGAUGCUGAUAUUAAAUAUUUAGAAGAUGGUAAUUGUGUCAGUUCACAACAAGAUGAUGUUAAUGAGAGUGAUAAUAAACCUGUCUGUGAUAAACCAGGUUGUCGAUAUAGCUGCAUCUGUCAUUUGUGUAACCUGACAUCCCUCCUGGAACCAGAAAUUAACGAUCAACCCACAGUUUGUGAAAAGGAAUAUUGUCGAUUAGGAUGUAUAUGUGAUAGUCUUGGACAUAAUGUCCCUGCCCCGAAAAAACUUCCACAUUGUGGUAAAACUAAGUGUAUGCUUGAAUGUGUCUGCGAGAAGGAAAAACUUUGUUCUGCGACAAUUGAAAAAAGACUUUCCGUUGAACUGGAAGAGGGUGAAAUACCCCCUCCUCCUAUUUCAUCGCAGGUUCCAAUCAUACCAAAUAACAAAGAAAGAAUUAAAAAGGGCAGACGGUCGAAAACCCCAGUAACUCUGGAGAACUCGAGCAAAAAGCGAAGAAAAUCAAAAAACAAUGAUAAACCCGUUGAGCCUGAACAAUUUACAACAGAAGUAGAAGAAAUAGAAAAUGGCGACGGAAAGUCAAAACGACAAAAGAAACGAACAGAAAGAUUCAGUAAUUUGCCGAAGAGAGAAUCGACGUAUCGAGUAGCGAAGAAUUUAGAUGCCGUGAAUAGGAAGGCCAUGAUGGUGUAUAGUGUGUCAGAAGUCUAUAGCGAACAAAAAACGAGAAAACGGAAGUCACAAGUAGCUGAAGAUGGUACAACUGAUAUAUCUCCAUCUGGCAAGGGAAAUGGACCAGAAGUUGUUAUAGAAAGAGAUGAUGUAGAUGAAAAUGAAUUUGCUGAAUUUACAUUUAAACCAGUCAAAAAAAGAAGCCGCAAGGAAAGUCUCGAACCAAGACUUGAUGAUGGUGAAAUAUCGACGUUAGAAACAAUGCAAGAAUCGGUGGAGGAAGCCGGUUGUGAAUUACGGAAAGUUCUUACCAUGGACCUUCCACUCGGUUCUUCCAAACUACAUGCUCAGUUAAGACCACAACCACCGUUAACGUCAACCUCUGCUCAAGAUUUCACUUCUGCUGUGAAUCUAGACGGGCCUAAGACUGCAAUAAAAGAGGAACUUUUAAAUCUGAAUUUAUCGGAUAAAGAAAAACAUCGUCUUGAACUUGAACGUCAGUUGUUGAAAGAACAGUUACUACAGAAACAACCGACUGGCUUCCACAAGGCAGGACAAAAUUUCUCUGCAGAACAAGGUGUUGAUAUUUCUGCUAGACGAGUCUCUGAUCGCAAAUGGCAUACCCAGAUGGUGUGUUUAAAACCAAAUCCACGAUUAGGGGCUGACGCUGAAAAUGGUAAAGAAACGGAAGAUGAAAUAAAACUGUUGGAAUUUAUUGCUAAUUGUAAUUGGGAUACUGCCAAACCACAAAUUUUAAGUAAGGUAGCCCAAUGUUUACGACCCAGGGUUUAUCCCAGCACCAGAAGAAUGCUAGUGGGCGAUUUUUUGGUGGAAAUUCUCCCCAGAGCUGACAGACCACCCCUCAUUCCUCCGGAAUUAAAAACAAAGCUUCCCAAUAUGAUGUAUUCUAUUCGAAUUAAAGUUACGUGCCGGGAAGAAUUCUACCAACAGGUAAUGAAGACCCAAUCAGCUGUGACAUCUCAACCUGCCAUCGCUAAGAGUUGUAGUCCAGCAACCAUUUCAUGCUCAAAACCCAUAUUAUCGGUACCAGUUCCAGUUCUCUCAAACCAUCAUUCGUCACCAUUCCCUACUGCUAUCUCUACAACCCCUUGUUCUAUCUCAUCGAGUGCUGGAGGUAUUUCAGCAUUUAGUCGACUACAAAUCUCUCAACCUGGUCAUAACAUGAUAUCUAGAAGCUUAUCUCAUGAGGGCAUCAGAUCGUCGAAUUUCUCACAAUGUUCAUCAGAGGUUGUUGAUUUGACUCUCGACGAGGGAGAAAUAAACCAUGAACUUGUAAUAACAAAAAAGAAAAAACGAAAAAAUAAACCAGAUAAGUUAAACCAACACGAAGUUUCCAGGAAAAAGAAAAAAUUAAAGAAAAAUAAGCAAAAGUCAACUGAAAGACCAGAAAAAUCAAGCCUACCUUUGUCUACGACUGGUGGACAGGCACCUCUCCUUGGUACCUUGAAGGUACUUCAAGUUGCUGGAGCCAGUGCACCUCUAUUGAAAUUGGUUACAGCUCCAGGAAUUACAUCUAAUCCAGGGUCCACCAAAGAUCUAAUUGCAGUCCCUAUUCAGAUUUCUCCUCAGUUGAACCCAACAAUCACAGCAGCUUUGAAAACUGGUAGAGCAACAACUCCCAAAAACUUAGCGGUUCCCAGAAAACCCAGGCAAUUUAUUGGAAAGAAUCCCAGCCCACCAACAUCUCCCAUUGACUUCUCAGUACCAAAAUUAUCUGCAGAAAAUAACGGUUAUAAAUCACAUAACGACUCGAAGGAUGCUCUGUGUCAAGGUAGUGACGUUACAAAGGAUGGGAAGCAGGUGGGAACUAAGAAAGACUCGGCUAAGAACAAGAGGUCGAAACCGAAGACUAAACUACUCAGUCCUUGUCCUCAUGGAUGUAAGGAGCAACAUAAUUCUGAAGAUGAGUAUGUUGAGAUAGAGGAACUAUUAGAUGAAGAUAGUCGAUGGUCAGCCUGCAGCGAGAAUUCUAGUUUACACAGUUCUGGCAAUGAUACCUUCUUAGAUCUAGCUGAGGAUGAUGAAGAUACAGCUAGGGAUAUGUCAAAAUAUGCUAAAAUGAAACGAGAGAGAAGAAGACGUUUAGAACUAAGUGCACUGUUUGUAAAAUUAAAAUCUGUUGUAUUUCCAAAUCAAACUUGUGGAAAUGAAGUUGUACAGAAGUUUAGAGUUCUUAAUCAGGCACAACAAUUGAUUCAUUCGGAACUGGAAGUAGAGUCAUCAUUAAAACAGUCAUUAAAAUUGGAAGAGGAAAAGAAUAGGAAAUUACAGGAAACUAUAUUAGAUAUAAUGGAAUCCAUGUGGGAAGAAGGUAUAACUCAGGACAGUAUUACGGAAGCUGUUGAAUUAACAGAUCAAAACAUACCAGCUAGACUAGUAGGACGGGUCAUUGAUUCCUUACAAGAAUAUUCCAGUGUACGAAAACUUCAAAAGACCAUGGAUAAGGAAUAUUCUCUCAAAAAAAGCAAUGCCGAGAAAACAAAGAAAGCUAAAAACAGUAAGGUUAAUAAAGAUAUAAAAUCAGGAAACGGUGAAAUAUUGGCUUCAUUACUUCAACCCGUUAAUCCGGCACCACAAUGUGGAAGUAUGAUAUUAGCGACUCUAGCGAAACUAAGUGAGAAUUCGGAGAAGCAGACGUCCGAUGUUCCCGAAAAUGAAAAUGAACAGGUGGUUGAUUUAGUGAGUGAUGAAUCUGUGGUGUCUGUUAUUUCUAGUCGAUCUCAGUCACCUCUAGAGGGUGUUGACGUACAUCAGGUGACUGAACACGAAGAUGAGGAUCGGGUUGUCAACUCGUUAAACAUUUCUCAGUCGAUAUCUCCUCUUGUUGGGAACAUUUCCAAAUCUCCCGAUAGUAACGUUAAAUGUGAUGGACAAGACAAGGAGGAUAAUUUACAAACAAACGGUAGCAAAUUUGUUGAUGAAAGUUCUCUUGCACUUAGUGAAUUCGCUACCGAUAAUGACAUACAAAACUCAUGUUCGCAGCAAAUUCAAAGUGAUACAAACGUACAAAACUGUCAUCCGCAGCAAAAUAAGGAAAAAAGGGACGAAGAAACGGAAAUAGAAUCAGAUACAGAUUUAAAACAAAAACAAAGUCUGGAUGAUGACAAAACGUUAUGUGUUCAAAGUUCUGUGUUAGAUGAUGAAAACGUGAAUAAUCCAUGUGAUUUGUUAGAUCUUAUUGAUAAAUCGUUACCUGGCAACUUAGAAUUAUACGAAGAUAUCAGUGUAGAUUCGGCUGACGACAGUGAUAAUACAAUUAGUGCUAAAGUUAAAACAAAUAGUGUCCGUAAAUGUGGGUUGGUCGCUGCAGUGGCAGGAUACACUGACAUUUCUAAUGAUAAAUGUGAUGUUACGACAGAAACAAACUCUAGCAAAUCUAUCUGUGAUUCGGUGCCCUGUUUAAACAAAACUGAGGUCAAUAGUGAUACCAUGUUCAAUUUAAAUAACGCUAAAACACCUUUAACCACUCUUAACAUCAACCAAUCGGAUGCAAGCGCUUUAAUUCCAUGCAACGUGGAGCAUGUUUCUAAUAGCAGCAAUACUCAGGGAGCAAAUUUUGUAGAUUGUAGUUUUGAUGUUCCAGUGUUAAAAAUAACAUAAAAACUAAUUGUUCGUUUCACUCAUCAUAAAGUUAAUAUAAUUAUUUUACACGCGGUGCCUUUCUAGUAGUGUGUUUUCAUUCUGCUUACGGAUCCUUUUGUAUGAAAAUUUGUCAUUUUUAAGAUGUUAUACAAUUUGUAUGAAAUAUGAAGACAAAGAUUAUGACUCCGUAAUAUGUAAUUAAUAUUAUAUGCACAUAUUUAAUGUGGAUGUGUUUGUCACCAUUACUCUGUUGGUCUGGUGUCCAUCCACAAUUUCUAGUGAACACUUUAAGUUUAUGUCUGGUGCGGUCCUCAUCAACUUACUAUUGACAACAAUCAGGUUAAAAUACAGAUUUAUAUUUCGUUUCGCCUUUUUAUAAUUUUGAUGGCCUCUACUACAUAAAGUUCUGACCAGUUGUAGUAAGAGCUUGCGUCAGAGGUCAUACGAGCAGCUUUUGACCCUAUGAUGUCAGACAUUUGAUUAACCAAUCAGCGUUGACGUUUCAUUGGCUAAUCCCUCACAUCAUAUAGAACGUGGGUUAUAUAACAACUCUUCAGAUCCUAGUGUUGUGAAGACAAGUAAAACGAAAUUUUAAACUAUAUGAAACGAAAUAGGAUCUGUGUUUUAAUCAGAUUUUAUUUAGAUGACCGUUGUUUAUUUGGUUUUAAAGAAGAUUUUGAUAAAAUCCGCAGCAUUUAUUUACAAUAGUUUAAGAGCUAACAACUUUACUGCUUGUUCUGUGUUCUAUCGAAAACAUAAAGUAUAUUUAACAAGCGUUCGCUUGGAAACCCUGAUAACGUUAAAACUUCUAUCUCUGUGAUGUAUUCGCAAAACUGUCUCUCUUUCUAAAUUGGACAUCCCGGAAUCAUAGAUAUACCCGCCCAGACCUUCAAUGUAAUUUUAAUGACUCUUUAUACCAAUCUGGUUAAAACACAGAUCCUAUUUCGUUUCGUUUUUAUAGUUCAAAAUUUCGUUUUACUUGUCUUUACUACACUUGGAUCUGGAAGUGUUGUUAUUUAACUUGUGUUCUGCUUGAAAUGAGGGGUCAGCCAAUCAAAUGGUCUGUCGAAUCGAGUGUUUGACCUUUUUUGCCCGAAACUGUGGGUAAUCCACUAGUAACAUCAAUGCUGAUUGGUUAAUCAAAUGUCUGACGUCAUAGGUCAAAAGUCGGUCUUUUGACCCCUGACGUGACCUAUGGCUAUAACUUGUCAGAUCUUCAUGUAGUGUAGGCCAUCGAAAGUAUAAAAAAACGUAACGAAAUAUAGAUCUGUAUUUUAAUCAGCUUGUCUUUAUACUUACUUCAUAGAAAAUAAUAUCGUUAAUUUGUGAAUUUUCAUACAACUGGACACCAUGAUUCCGAUCAGACAUUUGGAUCUGGCCCUUAUUCACGAAAACUUAAACUAAAAUACAAUCGAAAUUUUAAGAAAUACUGCAAUUCGAUUGGCUGACCAGUAAAAUCAAUUUGCAUAUAUCCAAUUUGCAUAUUGGUCAGCCAAUCGAAUUGCAGUAUUUCUUAAAAUUUCGAUUGUAUCUUAGUACUGCAAUUCGAUUGGCUGACCAGUAAAAUCAAUUUGCAUAUAUCCAAUUUGCAUAUUGGUCAGCCAAUCGAAUUGCAGUAUUUCUUAAAAUUUCGAUUGUAUUUUAGUUUAAGUUUUCGUGAAUAAGGGCCCUGGAUCAUUAAAUGUCUCCGCAAUCAAACGCUAAAAUAGUUCCAGAAAACAUGUUUACGUUAUGGAUUGUAUUCGUAAGAUGGGAUUGAAUACAUGUUAUAAAAUAAAAUACAUGUAGAAUUAUUUUUAUAAAAUUAUUUGAGAAAAGAAAACAGGAAAACUUUUUCGGCAAAUCUUGUGAAAUUUAAGAUUAUUAUUUUGUUGAUUGUGCUUUUCAAGUUUCUUUAAUUCGACUUUAAUUUAAAAUUGUUAUAGUUUGUUUUCAAAAUAAUCUUACAUGAGUUUAUAUUUUCAAAAUACAUUGAGAUGAAUGCAAGCAGCACUAUAUUGAAACAAGGUUGUUAAUGUGUUUUUACUGAAUUGAGUUAACAUGUUUCAUGAAUUAUUUAAAUCUCAACACAGCACCCUCUACACUGCUUUAUAUAAGUUUCUGAUGUGGGUUCGCCUGUCCAACCUUCAGGGGUUUUCUCUGGGUCCUCCGGUUUCCUGCCACUGCUAAAGACCCCUACGCGCAAGCGAAUUAUUGAAAUAAAAUUGAACCAUAUGUUAGUCCCGAAAUGACCUAGUUUGUGUCGAGUGGACAUUAAACCCCAUUUCUCUCUCUUUCUCUCUCUCUGAUGUGGGAAAUUAACAUGGUUGUGUGUGAUUAGUCUGCCUGCGGUGAGCAUGUCAAUCAGUUCAGGAAAUAUCCGUAUCAGAGAUAAAUUUUGCUGUGUUGAGAUUUGAUUUAUUAUUGACAUUGUCAAGUAAUAUAUAACGCAUUGACGCAUUUUGAUAUAUUUAUUUAACAAUGUCAACUCAUUUCCUAUCAUCGAUUUUGUACAGUAUCAUAUUUAAUUAAAGACAAUUGCUUACCGAGUUUUCAUUGAACAAAUUAGUUUUAUAACUAGUCAUAUUAACACAAUUUUAUCAUCAUUUGUAUGAUUUAUUAUAAAAAAUCUGUUUUUUUUUUGUUUUUAUUUAAAAUCAAAUGACAGUUUCCUAAGGGGUUCGAUGGCCAAAUGAUUAACGCAUGCACAUUGGAUCAUAAGGUCUGUCGUAGAGUCAGGUGGCGUGGUUUCGAUUCCCCACUUGUAUGUGACAAGGUGUAAGGUUACCUGUCCAAUCUCGUGGGUUUCUCUGGGUCCUCAGGUUUCCUCCCACUGCUAAAGACCCCUACAUGUUAGCGAAAUGACAUGGCUUGUGUCAGUGGACUAAAAACCCCAUCUCUCUCUCUCUCUCACACACAUACAAGAAUUAGAAUGUUUGGUUUAGAGUUUAGACAUGGAUUUCAGAAGAAAAAUCAAUACCUAUAUGAUAUACAUGUAAUGUGUUUUUUGUUUGAAAAGUUUUAUGUCAUCCAUGUGACAGCCAUUUUGUUGACAAAGCAAGGUGAAUGAAGUAAGGUGUCUGAAACAAAAUUAUGUCUUUUUCAAGUAUAACUGCCCUCUGUCUAUUCAUGAACAUCUUUUAGCACCUCGAGCUUCACUCUAAUGCUCCAGAAUGUAAAAAAUCCAGAAUUUAUUUGUAGUUUCAACAUAAAUUUAAGUUAUUUAAAAAAGAUUGUGAAUCCUGCAUAGGCCACUAUAGCUUGUUACAGAACUACUAUAAAACUUUAUAAUACUGUCUACUGAAAGUAUUAUAGUUUUAUAGAACCUGUAGUCAUAACUAGAGGUGUUUUUUUAUACUGACUACUAAAAAUGUUUAUAUUUUUACAACCUUAUACUUGUGACAUGUCAGCAGCUAAUGUGCCGGACACAGAAUGAAGAGUUUUUGUUUAUGUUGUAGAUACAAUGUUAGCAAUUUUCAUUUCAUAUGAUAAUAAAAUAUAAAAAUAUUAA